CCCUUGGGGGCGUCGAAAACUCAAAACAAAAACAAGGGGUUUGGUUCGGCCUCCGCUGUGGAGGCGGCGGUGCCCGCAAAGGGCCAGGGUUAGAAGGGUCGGCACUGCGCCCCAGCCGGAGGGUGGGCGCACGGGGAGCGGGAUGAAGCUCCGGCUGUGAGGCCGAGGCGGAGGUGGCAGUGGGGGGGGAAGGGUCCGAUGCCGGUCCGGGGGCACCGCUGAGGCGGCGGGUCCCCGACCUCCGGAGACAGGUUCGGACGCCCCCGCCGUGCCCAGUCCUCACCGGACCGUGACUCCGCGGGCCGGUGGAGGCUCCUCUCCGGCACGGAUACCUACUCUAACUGUGCGUGGUGUCUUUGCUGCAGAUGAAGGAUUUAGGGGCAGAGUAUUUGGCGGGUCGUGAAGGGGUCCAGCUCUUCGGAUUGUUGAACCUCUAUUUAGAACAGGAACAGAGAUUCCAACCUCGAGAAAAAGGGCUGAGCUUGAUCGAGGCUACACCGGAGGAUGAUAACACUUUGUGUCCAAGAUUGAGAAAUGCCAAAGUAGAAGAUUUAAGGAGUUUAACAAACUUUUUUGGAUCUUGCACUGAAACUUUUGUCCUGGCUGUCAAUAUUUUGGACAGAUUCUUGGCUCUUAUGAAGGUGAAACCUAAACAUUUGUCUUGCAUUGGAGUCUGUUGUUUUUUGCUGGCUGCUAGAAUAGUUGAAGAAGAAUGCAAUAUUCCAUCCACUCAUGACGUAAUCCGGAUCAGUCAAUGUAAAUGUACUGCUUCUGACAUAAAACGGAUGGAAAAAAUUAUUUCAGAAAAAUUGCACUAUGAAUUGGAAGCUACUACUGCCUUAAACUUUUUGCACUUAUACCAUACUAUCGUACUGUGUCAUACAUCAGAAAGGAAAGAAAUACUGAGUCUAGAUAAACUAGAAGCUCAACUGAAAGCUUGCAACUGCCGACUUACCUUUUCAAAAGCAAAACCAUCUGUGUUAGCUUUGUGCCUUCUCAAUUUGGAAGUAGAAACUUUGAAAUCCAUUGAAUUACUGGAAAUUCUUCUGCUUGUUAAAAAACAUUCCAAGGUUAAUGACACCGAGUUCAUUUACUGGAGGGAGUUGGUUUCUAAAUGCUUAGCUGAAUAUUCUUCUCCUGAAUGUUGCAAACCAGAUCUUAAGAAAUUGGUUUGGAUUGUUUCAAGGCGCACAGCCCAGAACCUCCACAACAGCUACUAUAGUGUUCCUGAGCUGCCAACAAUACCAGAGGGGGGUUGUUUUGAUGAAAGUGAAAGUGAGGACUCUUGUGAAGAUAUGAGUUGUGAAGAGAGUCUCAGCAGCUCCCCUUCCAGCGAUCAAGAGUGCACUUUCUUUUUCAACUUCAAAGUGGCACAGACAUUGUGCUUUCCAUCUUAGAAAUGUAAUUGUUCUGUGUCAGAAUUUAAAGUGCGUAUACAGGUUUCAAAGCAAUAAAUGGGGGAGUAGGUAGUUUUCUGGUCCAUCCCCCAUCUAGGCAGGAAUCGCAUAGACUAGAAUACCUACCUUCUAUUUAUUAUUCAGAUCAGAUCUGGCCUAUUUUCAUAUUUAAUCCUAAGCCAUCCAAUGGGUUAGUGCCUCGUAAACAAUUAACAAUGUUUUACACAUUGGCACUUUAUUUUUCUCAUUGAUCUUUAGCUACUUGGGGAAGGAGGGAAGGUGCUGAUACCUUCAAUUUAUUACUUUUCAAGAAGAUUUUUAAAGAUGAAUAGUGUAGCUUAUCUUAAACUUUUUAUAAAGCCUUCACGUGUCUUUCUUUAAACAGAUUGGGAGCAUAAAAGUGCUUCCUCAGCAGGGACAUUGGAUAAUCCUUUAAUGGUUUAUCAUAGAUCUCCCCUACUUUCCAUUCUCAGAACAGAGAAUAUGCUCUUAAAUGUCAGACAACUUUUUUUGUUGCUUUGUUUUCUAAAUGAUCACUUACUCUCUGAUGCAGACUCUAUAAACUUAGGAAUUAUAAUAGUGACAUUUCCGUGAAUUUUAGUAUAUAAUGUGUUAAUUGAGGUUUCUGCUAAAGCAGAAAUCAUUGGCAGGCUAGGGUUGUUAGAUAGUUGCAUUUCUAAUGCCUAAGUAUUGUCAGACUAUAGUAUUAUUUUAAUGUUAUUAAAACAAUCCAUAAUCUAUUAGUUAUGCAUGCAUCUAUAUGAAAGCAGUACAGGAAGUUGAAGAGAACUAUAGGUAACUGGAAUGAUAAAUGUUGAUCUUUGUAGCAUAUUUUAUUUCAUUUUCAUAUUAAAAAAAGUCUGCAUGAUUAUGUUUUAUUCCCUUUAUAAUUCACGUUUUAAAAAUAUUGGUAUUAGUGUAUGGGUGCCAAGACUGAACAUGAAGUAAAAAAAAAAAAAAAAGUUAAGUGUUUGUAGCAUUCUAGUUUUAAGCAUAUCUGUGUGGUGGUACAGCCAUGAGAAUAGGGAUUUACAAACUCUGUACACUUGGGAUUUUGUACAGAGAAUUUUUUUUAACUUUAUAAAUUGUAUAUGAAAAUGUAAAUCUUUAAAAAUGUACAUAAAAAUACUGUAUUUUUUUACCUUGUGUGUGUGGUAGUCUAGUCAUUGCAUGUAAAUAUAAUUUAUUGUGUAUUCUGUUAUUCUAAAUAAUACAUUGAUGACUUUUUAAAUGGUCAGUCAACAUCCAUUGGAUGUUUUCUGAAGUGAAUCUUUUUGAAGUAAUGAUAGAUUACAACUCAAAAUAAAAAGAUUAAUGAAUUAUA